AUGGAGUGUGGAAAGGUAUUCGGUCAACAUAGAAAUCUUACUAUCCAUAAAAGGAUCCACACAGGGGAGAUGCCAUAUAAAUGCAUGGAGUGUGGAAAAAGCUUCUGUGAAAAUGCAUUCUUUGUGAGACAUAAAAGGAUUCAUCAAGGGGAAAAGCCAAACAAAUGUCUGGAAUAUGGGAAGGGCUUUACCAAUAACAGUCAACUCACUUCCCAUAAAAGGAUUCACACAGGAGAGAAAUCUCAUACAUGCAAGGAGUGUGGAAAGAGCUUCAGACAUGUUGUUUCCCUUUCUUACCAUAACAAGAUCCAUACAGGGGAGAAACCAUAUAAAUGCAUGGAAUGUGGAAAGAGUUUUGUUAAUAGCAGUCAUCUUAUUUCUCAUAAAAGGGUCCACACAGGGAAGAAACGAUGUAAGUGUAUGGAGUGUGGAAAUGGUUUCAGUGACAGCUGUUCCCUUACAUUUCAUAAAAGGAUCCAUACGGGAGAGAAGCUUUAUAAAUGCCUGGAAUGUGGAAAGACUUUUACUCAUAGCAGUCAACUUACUCCUCAUAAAAGGACCCACACAGGAGAGAAACCAUAUAAAUGCAAGGAGUGUGAUAAGACCUUUACUCAUAGCAGUCAACUUAUUACCCAUAAAAGGAUCCACACAGGAGAGAGGCCAUAUAAGUGCAAAGAGUGUGGGAAGAGCUUCUGUGAAAAUGCAUCCCUUAUGAAACAUGAGAAGAUCCAUGCAGGAGAGAAGCCAUAUAAAUGCAUGGAGUGUGGAAAAUCUUUUACUCAAAGCAGUAAUCUUACUUCCCAUAAAAGGAUUCAUACAGGGGAGAAGCCAUACAAAUGCAGAGAGUGUGGGAAGAGCUACAGCCACAGUGUUUCCCUUACUUACCACAACAGGAUCCAUGCAGGGGAAAAACCUUAUAAAUGUUUGGACUGUGGAAAGACUUUUACUCAGAGUAGUCAACUUACUUCCCAUAAACGAAUCCACACGGGGGAAAAGCCGUAUCAAUGCAUGGAAUGUGGAAAGGGCUUGUAUGACAAUGUAUCCCUUAUGAGACAUAAAAGGAUCCACACAGGGGAGAAGCCAUAUAAAUGUAGAGAAUGUGGGAAGGGUUUCACCCAACAGGGUAACCUUAAUUCCCAUGAAAGGAUGCACAGAGGAGAGAAGCCGUAUAAAUGCAGAGAGUGUGGAAAGAGCUUCAGUCAUAGUGGUUCCCUUACUUACCAUAACAGGACCCAUACAGGGGAGAAACCAUAUAAAUGCUUGGUGUGUGGAAUGGGUUUUACUGUUAGCAGUCACCUUACUUCCCAUAAAAGGAUCCACACAGGAGAGAAACCAUAUAACUGCAGACAAUGUGGAAAGAACUUCAGUGAAAACUCAUCCCUUAUGAGACAUAAAAGGAUCCACACGGGGGAGAAGCCGUACAAAUGUGUGGAGUGUGGAAAGCACUUCACUCAUAGCGGUUCCCUUACUUCCCAUAAAAGGAUCCACACAGGGGAGAAGCCUUAUAAAUGUAUGGAAUGUGGAAAGAGCUUUACCACUAGUAGUGAUCUUACUUCCCACAAAAGGAUCCACACCGGGGAGAAGCCUUAUAAAUGUAUGGAAUGUGGAAAGAGCUUUACCACUAGUAGUGUUCUUACUUCCCAUAAAAGGAUCCACACUGGAGAGAAGCCAUAUAAAUGUAUGGAGUGUGGAAAGAGCUUUACCAUUAGUAGUGAUCUUAUUUCCCACAAAAGAAUCCACACUGGAGAGAAGCCAUAUAAAUGUAUGGAGUGUGGAAAGAGCUUUACCAUUAGUAGUAAUCUUACUUCCCAUAAAAGGAUCCACACUGGAGAGAAGCCAUAUAAAUGUAUGGAGUGUGGAAAGAGCUUUACCAUUAGUAGUGAUCUUAUUUCCCACAAAAGAAUCCACACUGGAGAGAAGCCCUAUAAAUGUAUGGAGUGUGGAAAGAGCUUUACCAUUAGUAGUAAUCUUACUUCCCAUAAAAGGAUCCACACAGGGGAGAAGCCAUAUAAGUGUAUGGAGUGUGGAAAGAGCUUUACCAUUAGUAGUGAUCUUAUUUCCCACAAAAGAAUCCACACUGGA